AUGUCGUUUCGAGAUUCCGUGGACUAUGUGGCCCAAGAGCGUGUCACUCAACUCGCACGUACUUACUGGCUUCCGAAGUCUGCACUCGAGCGAGGUACUACAUCUGUUGCCGACUCGAACGAAAUCCAACCGCUCGUUUCGAACGUUCUCGAGAGGAUCUAUAAGGAGGAGUUGUUGACAUCAGGAUUUUCGCAUCGUCGCUGUUUAGCUUUGGAAUUGAACCAGUAUUUAGAGCGAUGGUUGUGGCCUCAUUUUGACCCAGACACCUCUAGUCGGGCACAUUUGCUAUCGAUUUGUGCCAUGGUGAACGAAAAAUCCCGAGGUCGUGUUCCCAUUUGGCAGGUAAGCAGCUCCGAUUGA